CACAUCCACAAGGUACGCCAUUUUCAUGCAGACACGGGAAAGAAACAAAGGGUUUUAAAUUAACCUUAACUGCAGUAAAUUGUUAAGCUCCCUGGUUUGCUUCAAUCAUGUCAUAUAUAGAUUCUUUUGUUAUCAAUGACAAUAUCACAAUUGAUUCCAAAUCUUGCUCUAGUGAUGAUUUAUUUGAGGGCAUUUUAGAUGAUUACACACUUGUGAACGAUGGAACACGUGAAACAAAUGCAACAUCAGACGAACAAUUAAUUACUCAUUUGACAGGUUCCUCACACCACUCAGAGCCGAACACAAUGAAAUAUUCUGUACAAUAUUUAAAAUCACAAACUACAUGCAUGUCAAAAAAUGCAAUUCUUGCAAGAGAAAAUCGACAAAAGAAGAAGGAAUAUGUCACAAAUUUGGAAGCAAGUGUCGAAAAAUUGCAUGUCCAAAAUUCAAACUUGAUGUCAAAGAUGGGGUCAAUGGAAUCCGAAAUGUCUGAUUUAGUGGCUGAGGUUGAAUAUCUCAAAGGUGUAAUUGCUAAUCAGAGCACCCUUUCAAAACUGAUUGGUUCAGUAUGUUCAACUCCUGGGGUACGAUUUUAUUCCUCAUUUAAUGUUAGCAAUAAAUGUCCCACAAAUGUAAGCAAGGACGAAAAUGACAAUACCAAUUUUAGAAAACGUAAAAGUUCAGUAUUUGAUGACAGCCCGAGCCAAGAAAAUCGGGAAAAUGUAGAAUCUUCUAUUAAUGUGAAGAGAGGUGUAAGAAGAUCUACAAGAAAUAUAAGCAAUAAUAGUGUUGACAAAUCUGAAAAUCAGGAAAAAAAGAGACAAGGCCACUCUGAAAAUCAGGAAAAUAAGACAAUUAGCAACUCUGAAAAUCUGAUGAAUGGAAUUUGCCUUCAUGUAGCGGGAGAUGCAGUGUCAUUGGAGUUCUGUGCUACAUGUUCAAAAAUGGCUACAAACACAAAGAAAGCAGCAAAUGUGUCAGCUUCACAUGUACUGAGAGAAAAAGUUCGGAAAAGAAAGAAAUGAAUUUCUCAAAACGGUGGAGUAUUAAUCAAAUGUUGAUGACCAUAUCUCAGGUGAUUUGAGAAGCGAUAUCUCAAAUAGAGAAGCGAUUACAUUAUAUAUAAGAUUGAUAACUGAUUACAAAUGUUUGGGGAGUAGUGGCAAAAGCCUUUAUGUCACCUUCCUGGAGUAUAAACAGUGGCAGAGACCUCCAUAACACCUGCCUGGAGGUCAAACAGUGGCAGAGACCUCCAUAACACCUGCCUGGAGGUCAAACAGUAGCAGAGACCUCCAUAACACUUGCCUGGAGGUCAAACAGUGGCAGAGACCUCCAUAACACCUGCCUGGAGGUCAAACAGUGGCAGAGACCUUCAGAACAACUGCCUGGAGGCCAGACAGUGGCAAAGGCCAUCAUAUCACCUGUCUGGAGAUAGAGAAUAGCUGUGUAACAGAAUAAAUUUGAAAUUUGAAGUACAUUUGAUAAGAUUUAACAUAAAAACGAUAGGGUAAAUGUUCUGCCCUUAUAGAUUGAAAGCUUAUUGGGAAUUGAUAUGUGGUUGAGUGUGUAUAUUCCAGUGUAGGAAUUGCAAGUGGAACAAAAAAAGGAACAAAUGAAUUUUAAGAAACAGCACACACAAAUAAAUUCUGAACCAAUAUUAUUAUAUAGCUGUGUGAAUGAAUACAUUGUAGUCUAGUCUUGUCCUUUGCUUGUUCACAGAGAAUUUUUUAUAAAGUUUCUUUUUGCAUCUAUCCUCUGAAGACUAAUAUUAAAUCCAUUCAGGACUCCUGGGUUUUGUGGUUGCUGAUUGAGGCCCAAUGAAAGAUUGGGAAACAUUAUGUGUCACACAUCUGUUCAUUAUACAUGAAUUUCAGAGUUAUAAAUGGUUCCAAUAUACUGUCAACUCACCUGCUCACAGUAAAUUCAGGUAUUUUUAUAUAUCCAAUUUUUUGGAGGAAUUCCUGUUAUUCUUUUAAGCUCAACUGUCCCAUCGGGUCAAGUGAGCUUUCCUCAUCACUUGGUAUCCGUCAGCGUCUGUUUACUUUUACAAAAAUCUUCUCCUCUAAAACUACUGGUCCAUAUUAACCAAACUUGGCUACAAUCAUCAUUGAGGUAUCUAGUUUAAAAAAUGUGUGGUGACCCCUCCUGCCGACCAAUAUGGCAGACAUGGUUAAAAAAAGAACAUAGGUGCAGAAUGAAAAUUUUGUCUAUUAUCUUGAAAACCGCUAUGGAUAGAGAAAAUCUGACAGAGUAGAAAUGUUCAGAAUGUUGUGAUCGUCCUACUGUCUGUUUACAUCAAAACUGUUGGGAGGCUUCUUGUUAAAAAGUGUAACUUAAACUCAUUGGUACAAAUGUAUAAUAUCUAAAAACAAAAAAGGGGAUGUUGUUCAUUUCAUUUUUAUAAGGAAUAACUUGCAAGUGUAAGAUUUCAAUGGAAGUACAUGUAAUAUUUUGAUUUCUAAAAAAAAUUAAUUUUAUUGCAAGUGUAGAGAUCAUUGUGGAAUAUGAUUCCAUGUGCAGAAAUUUAAAAUUGAUUUAAUUUAAUUAAAGUGGAUGUUUUACUAUUUUUAGGCCCCCGCCGUAGCGGAGGGGGGCAUUAAGUUUUACCCUUGUAUGUCUGUACUUACGUACGUCCCAAAAUUGGUUUCCAUUCUAUAACUUUAGUUUGCCUCAACCAAAUGUUAUGAAACUUAUACACAAUGCUUAUUACCACAAAACAAAGAAUUAAGUUUGAAUUUUGGUGGCGUCACUUUUACCGUUCUAGAGUUAUGCCCCUUUACAAAUGGAAAAAUUGCUGAAUUUUUCGUUUCCGUUCUCUAACAUUAGUUUACCUCAACCAAAUGUUAUGAAACUUAUACACAAUGCUUAUUACCAUGAAACACAGAUUAAGUUUGAAUUUUGGUGGCAUCACUUUUACCAUUCUAGAGUAAUGCCCCUUUACAAAUGGAAAAAUUGCUGAAUUUUUUCGUUUCUGUUCUCUAACUUUAGUUUGCCACAAUCAAAUUUUAUGAAACUUAUAGACAAUGCUUAUUACCACAAAACACAGAUCAAGAUUCAAUUUUAGUGGCGUCACUUUUACCGUUCUAGAGUCAUGCCCCUUUACAAAUGGAAAAAUUGCUGAAUUUUUUCUUUUCCGUUCUCUUACUUUAGUUUGCCUCAACCAAAUGUUAUGAAACUUAUGCACAAUGCUUAUUACCACAACACUCAGAUCAAGUACAAAUUUUACAGUUCUUGAGUUAUAUCCCUUUAUAAUGUUAUAUGCAUGUGGGGGCAUCAUCUGUGUCCCAUGGACACAUUCCCCAUUUUCUCCUAAGGAUUUUACAGUUAUCUUGUUUAUUUAAAAGCUUACAAAUUAUGAAAUCAAAUCUGUUUCUUUGGCUUAAUAGAAAUAUUGAUAAAGGUUAUAAUUAUACUGUUGUUCAAUCACAGCACCUCAUAUUUUUAGGAAGAAAUAUUUAUUUGCUAAUUUAUAGUUCCUAGCAAUACUAAAAUGUUUUUUCUGUA